UUUGUAGUCUUUCUCAAUUAGUCUGUGCAUUUUGUCUUGCUUGAUCUGAAAAUUCAAUUUAUCCUUUUAACAAUUUUAUUCUGUUAAGUAUUCUCUUGAACGGGAGAUGAAUUUUUCAUUGGGUAAUUUAAACCCCUUCUUCAUCUUCCUAAUUCUUUGGAUGCUUUUCACCUUAUUUUGUUAUUUAUGUUUGCUAACACCAUACUGUUAUAUUAUUACAUAUGUUGUUUAUUUUGUAUUAGACUAAUGCAGCGGAGGGAGAUGUAGAGACAUCAACUCUUGAAAUUCUAAUUCCAAGUCUCAUUUGUCUUCCAAUCUUCUAAUGAUUUCUUUGGUUGGGUUUAUUUUUUUAUAUUUUAGUUGGAAUUUAUCACGAAACAAAAAAUCAUAAGAAUGAAGCUAAAAAAAGUUAUGCCCAUUUUUUAACCUCCAUCAAUACAUAGAAAUCAAUUGAGAAAGACGCUGAACAAAAAGAAAAAGCUCAGGGAGAAAGAAAGAAGAGGAUGAAAUAAAGAGUCUUUUUUUUUUAAUUAAACUUGAGUAACUUGUACAACCGGUUAUAGGUAAAGAAAUUAAAAGGAGUGGGUGAUGUGGCCAACUAUUAUUGGAGUGUGUCAAAGGAGUGUGUUAAAAGGUUUGACACUAGCAUUUCUCUAAUAUUAAAUACACGCGCCUAUUAAAUCAGAACCACAUGCACGGGUUUGUUGUACUUUGAAUAAAUGAAGUAAUCAACAUCAUAAACAUAUUUCCCGUUUUCUAACACUAUGAUUCUUUUUUUCAUUAUCUUUAGACUUUUCCUCACUCCCUCUCUUAAUUGUGAUCAGAGAAAUCAACAUCGUUAACAAUGUGACGCAUAGAACAAAACUCUUGGCUUAGAGUAGAGUCAACAAGUCAACCAUAACUGCUUCACUUUGGAACUUAGUUUUCUCCUUUAACCAUUUUUCACAUGUUGCAAUCGUCAGUGAAAGAAAUGGAUUCCAUAAUCAUGGCUUGGUGUUGAUUAUAUCUCUAUUUUUGUAUUUUACUACCAAUUUUGUUGCUUUCUAUGUGUUCGCUGAAAUGUUUGAGAGGCCACUGAAUGCAUAGGAACUGUGUUUCACAUAUUGCUUUACUACCAAAAUGACUAAAGAUAUUCUUGAAGAGUCCCUUUUGAAGGGUGAAGCUAGUGUAAGCAACAACAGUUUUGAUUCCAAAAAGGCAGAAGAAAAUGAAAUUUUAACCAGUUAUUCAAGAGCUGGAUUUUUCAGCAUUCUCACUUUCUCAUGGAUGACUCCACUUAUAACAUUAGGGAGUAAAAAGACCUUAAACCAUCAAGACCUUCCACUUCUUUCUACCAAUGACACUGCCUAUGGAUCUUUUUCAACUUUCAGAAAAAAGCUUGAGUUGGAGUGUGGUAAUGUUAGGACUGUGACAACUAUUAAGCUCGCCAAGGUGCUGUUUUUAUCGACAUGGAAAUGGAUUCUUAUAUCUGGCAUAUUUGCAUUCUUGUACGUGUGUGCUUCUUAUGUUGGACCUUACCUUAUUGACAACCUUGUUCAAUAUCUCAAUGAUGAAAACAAGGUUAAAAAUGAAGGCUAUGUUUUGGCUACAACAUUUGUUGUGGCGAAAGUUGUUGAGUAUCUUUCGCAAAGGCACAUGCUGUUUAAGUUCCGACAGGUUGGUGUUAGGAUGCAAUCAAUGUUGUUGUCAAUGAUCUAUGCUAAAGGUUUGACACUUUCGUGUCAAUCAAAAGAGAGACAUAGCAGUGGCGAAAUCAUCAACAUAAUGACUGUUGAUGCUCAAAGGAUAGGUGAAUUUUGUUGGUAUAUGCAUGAUCCAUGGAUCGCUGUUCUACAAAUUUCUUUGGCUUUGUUUAUUCUUCAUAAAAAUGUCGGGGUUGCUUCAGUAGCUGCUUUUGCGGCAACUGUUAUUGUGAUGUUGCUAAACCUUCCUAUGACUUCACUGCAAGAGAGGUUCCAAGCUAAGUUAAUGGAGUUCAAGGAUAAAAGAAUGAAGGCGACGUCUGAGGUUCUAAUGAACAUGAGGAUUCUUAAACUGCAAGCAUGGGAGAUGAAGUUCUUAUCAAAGAUUAUUCAGCUCAGGAAGUUAGAGGAGAUGUGGCUAAAGAAAUUUCUGGUUGUUACCGCAAUUGUUAAAUUUCUUUUCUUUAGCGCCCCGACAUUUGUUGCUGUUGUUACUUUCGGUGCUUGUUUUCUUCUAGGCAUUCCACUUGAAACAGGAAAGAUCUUAUCUGCUCUUGCAACAUUCAGAAUUCUUCAAAUUCCUAUCUAUAAUAUUCCUGACACAAUUUCAGUGAUUGCACAAACCAAGGUUUCCCUCGAUAGGGUUGUCGUUUUUCUUCGUCUAGAUGAUUUGCAGAACGAUGUGGUGGAGAAGGUUCCGCGAGGUACUUCUGAUAUAGCAAUUGAAAUAGUUGAUGGAAAUUUCUCUUGGGAUUUAUCUUCUGUCAAUGCAACGUUGAAAAACAUAAAUCUUAGAGUUUUUCAUAGUAUGAGGGUUGCUGUUUGUGGUACUGUUGGAUCAGGCAAGUCGAGUUUACUUUCUUGUAUAAUAGGUGAAAUGCCAAAGAUAUCUGGUAACUUGAAGGUGUGUGGAACAAAAGCUUAUGUUUCUCAAUCACCAUGGAUACAGAGUGGAAAGAUAGAAGAGAACAUACUGUUUGGGAGAGAGAUGGAUAGGGAAAAGUAUGAGAAAGUGCUAGAAGCAUGUUCCUUGAAGAAAGACCUAGAGGUUCUACCAUUUGGGGAUCAGACCAUUAUUGGAGAAAAAGGAAUCAAUUUGAGUGGUGGACAGAAGCAAAGAGUACAGAUAGCACGUGCUCUUUAUCAAGAUGCCGAUAUAUAUCUACUCGAUGAUCCCUUUAGUGCUGUUGAUGCUCACACAGGAUCCCAUCUUUUUAAGGAGUGUUUGCUUGGCCUUUUGAAAACAAAAACUGUGAUAUACAUAACACAUCAAGUAGAGUUCUUACCGGAUGCUGAUUUGAUACUGGUCAUGAAAGAAGGAAGGAUAACUCAAUCGGGAAAGUACAAUGAUAUUCUUACGUCAGGGACCGAUUUUAUGGAACUUGUAGGCGCACAUAGAGCAGCGUUGUCUUCAGUUAAAUCCUUACAGAGAAGGCCUACAUUUAAAACAUCGCGUAUAACCGGAGAAGAUACAGGUUCAUUAAGUGAUUUUGAACUUGAGCAAGAAAUCGAAAAAGUAGAUGAUCCAAACGACAAGUUAGAUGAAACAAUUGUGCCGAAAGGCCAACUUGUUCAAGAAGAAGAAAGUGAAAAGGGUAGUGUUGGGUUUAAAUUGUUUUGGAAAUACCUAACAACAGCUUAUGGAGGGGCUCUUGUACCUUUCCUAUUUCUUUCACAGAUACUCACUGUGGUUUUACAAAUUGCAAGCAAUUAUUGGAUGGCUUUGGCAACUCCUGUUUCAGCAACUGCAGAACCUGGUGUUGAAAGCUUUACUGUGAUGGUUGUCUAUGUUUCUUUGGCAAUUGGAAUUUCCUUUUCCACCCUUGUCAGAGCUUUUCUUGCUGCGAUAGCUGGAUACAAGACCGCCACCAUGCUCUUCAAUCAAAUGCAUUUGAGCUUCUUUCGAGCGCCAAUGUCAUUUUUCGAUUCCACCCCAAGUGGAAGAAUUCUUAAUAGAGCUUCAGCAGACCAAAGUACAGUAGAUAUGGAUAUUUCAGAUCUAGUGUGGGGAUUUACCUACAAUCUGAUUCAGCUAUUGGGAAGUAUUGCUGUGAUGUCACAAGCUGCUUGGCAGGUGUUCGUAGUAUUGAUUCCUGUCGUGGCAGCUUGCAUAUGGUACCAGCGAUACUACUCAGCCUCAGCACGGGAAUUGGCACGAUUAACUGGUAUAUGCCAAGCGCCAGUAAUACAACAUUUUUCGGAAACGAUAUCCGGAUCAACAACCAUAAGAUGUUUUGAGCAAGAAUCAAGAUUUAAUGAAAUGAAUAUGCAAUUGAUAGACAAAUAUUCCCAACCUAAAUUAUACAGUUCUAGUGCAAUUGAAUGGUUGAAUUUCAGAUUGGGUAUUUUAUCCUCUACCAUAUUUGCUUUCUGCUUGGUUUUCUUGGUGUCUUUUCCAAAUUCAAUAGCUGAUCCUAGCAUUGCGGGAUUGGCUGUGACAUAUGGGAUUAGUCUUAAUGCUGUACAAUUCAAAUUAAUUUGGUUUCUUUGCAAUUUGGAGAACAAAAUUGUAUCUGUAGAAAGAAUACUUCAGUACACCUCCAUCCCAAGUGAAUCACCUCUUGUAAUAAAAGACAAUCAACCAGAUCAUUCUUGGCCAUCACUCGGAGAAGUCCACGUCCAGGAUUUACAGGUUCAAUAUGCCCCUCACUUGCCUCUUGUUUUAUGCGGACUUACAUGCACUUUUACUGCUGGAGCAAAAACUGGCAUUGUGGGAAGAACAGGAAGUGGAAAAACAACCUUAGUGCAAGCCCUUUUUAGACUUGUUGAGCCUGUUGCAGGACAAAUAUUGAUAGAUAACAUCAACAUCUCAUUGAUUGGAGUCCAUGAUUUACGGUCCAGACUAAGCAUAAUUCCUCAGGAUCCAACAAUGUUUGAAGGGACUGUAAGAAGUAACCUCGACCCGCUGGAAGAGUACACAGAUGAACAAAUUUGGGAGGCUCUUGAUAUGUGCCAACUUGGAGAUGAAGUGAGAAAGAAAGAAAGCAAGCUUGACUUCACAGUAACUGAGAAUGGAGAAAACUGGAGCAUGGGUCAAAGGCAAUUAGUCUGCCUCGGCCGUGUUCUCCUUAAGAAAAGCAAGAUCUUAGUGCUCGAUGAAGCUACUGCAUCAGUCGAUACGGCUAUGGAUAAUAUAAUUCAACAGACAGUUAAGCAACAUUUCUCUGAUUGCUCCGUCAUUACCAUUGCUCAUAGAAUAACUUCAAUCCUCGACAGCGACAUGGUUUUGUUUCUCGGUGAAGGGCUUAUUGAGGAAUAUGAUUCACCAAAGAAGUUGCUUAAGGACAAAUCUUCAUCUCUUGCUCAACUAGUUGCAGAAUACACAAGGAGGUCAAACACUGGUUUUGGAAGAUGAGAGCUAAAUUAAACUAGACUAAAAGUUGUAAGUUUUAAGAAUGGUAUAACAUUAAUGAAUAAUAUAUGUUUGUGGAGUACUAGCAUUUACACCCCACACCACUCACAAAGAUGAAAGAGCUUGCACUACAUUUUUAUGAGGUUCCUCAAAAAUACCCUAUAGGGAGUUCCCCACCCCGGUGAGAAAUCAAAAAUAGCUCUAGAAUUUGGAAAUGUAUCUCCGAGCGCACAUUUUUUACACACAUUUUAGCAUUCGUAAGGGAAACACUUCUAAAGAAAUCUGCAACUCCCUUAAAAAUCUGUAGCGUAGUUUUCUCUAAUAUUUUUCGUUUACACUUUACGUUUUAAGACUCUCCCACAUCUCAUUGAAUAAUUCAUAAACCCUUCUAAAUGAAUUUACUCUUUCUGUUUAGAUUUUUGUUUUUUUUUAAUGCAGAUCUAUGGUUUGAGCAGAUAAAAAACAGAGCAGUAGCAGUAAUGUAAAACACUGGGUCAGUUUAAUGUAAUCCAAGGUUUAAUAAUCUUUUAGAAAUGUGACCAAAUCAAUUGUAACUUGCCACAUUCUUAUGCAGCACAAUGCAAAUUAACACCACACAAGUUGAAAUCUACUAGGAAAAAACUGAAAAGAGGAACUUAAGUUCAAGUCUACAAGUUUAGGGGUGGCAACAUUUAGGGAAAUGCAUCUCCGAAUUUGAACAAUUUUUAGUUAAAAUAGAGACAUCUCACUUGCAACGUCUUUGUUAGUGUGAUUUUAGGUGCAUUUGGAGAUGUUUUUCUGGACACAGCAAGAGCAUUUUUAAAUUUUGGGUUAAAUACUAUUCACCCCCUGCCAAAUUAGCGAGAUUCGGUUUUCCCCCUUAUUAAAAAAAAAUUUAGCCUUCGCCCCUUAGAAAACAAGAUUCUGUUUUCAGACACCCCCUAUCCCUUGUUUGGCUGACUGGGCGAGGGGAAUCUUGUUGACUAGGCAUGGUAUCUUGCUGACUGGGCAUGUUUUCGGAAAGCUUGCAAAAUUGCAAAUAAUCAAACUUGCAAAACCUGAGUUUUGAAC